AUGGCAUUGUCCCUUGCGCGUAUGGCGCGCCUUGCCCUAGUUGGCAUGAUGGCAUUCACGUCAAUUGCCUCAGCAUUGCCUGCGUCCCCCAUCCCUCGCAGCACAGUCCAGGCUCCCGACAAUGAUCCGUUUUAUCAGCCACCUGAUGGCUUCGCAUCCAAGGCGCCUGGGACAAUCCUUAGCCAACGCAAGGUCGAUGUCGCGUUCUUCGGCCUCAUCCCGAUUGACGUGGAGGCCUACCAGCUGCUUUACCGCACGACUGCAAUCGAUGGCUCGGCUAUUGCAACAGUGACCACGGUGUUCAAGCCGAAAAAUGCUAAGCUCGAUCGUUUCGUUUCCUUCGCCACGGCCUACGACAGCUCUGCGACCAAAUGCCAGCCUAGCUAUGGCUACCAGCUUGGUGCGCCACAGAACAGCUUGAUCUCUUCAGUCGAGCUGUUGAUCAUUGAAAUCUACCUUGCUCUUGGCUAUACCGUCGCUUCUCCCGACUAUGAGGGACCCGAUGCUGCCUUUGGACCUGGUCGCCUCGCAGGCAUGGGUGUAUUGGAUGGUAUGCGUGCCGUGAAGAGCUUCAAGAGCUUGGGUCUCACCGAUAAUCCUAUGGUUGUGGGCGUUGGUUAUUCGGGUGGUGCUAUCGCUACCGGCUGGGCAGCCUCUUUGCAGCCCAAGUACGCAUCAGAACUGAACAUGAAGGGCUGGGUGCAGGGUGGAACUCCCUCGAAUGUCACAGGCACAAUGUAUCAGCUCGACGACACUGCCUUCAGUGGCUUCCUCCCUUCUGCUAUUGUUGGUCUCUCAAAGCCAAGCGCCUACGGCGCCGAGCUGGACGCUUUCAUCAGCAAGGUCGUCACGCCAGAAGGUCAAAAGUCACUGGACACCGCCGCCUCGGAAUGCGCCACUACGGCUCUUUUGGCGUUCUUCGAAAAAUCAAUCUUUGACGCUAGCUUCCAAACUAUGGGCGAGGCUUUUAUCUUCGACCCAAUCAUUCAGUCGGUGUUGAAGCAAAACAGCAUGGGUGUCAACAAGGACGAGACUCCGACAGCACCCACCUUUGUGUACCACGCUGAAAAGGAUGAAGUCAUCCCGUAUGCUGAUGCCAAAAAGCUGGUUGAUUCUUGGUGUAGCUGGGAUGCGAACGUCAAGCUUACUACUUACGCCAGCGGUGGUCACGCGACUACUGAAAUCAUCGCCAUCCCCGAUGCCAUCAAGUUUGUCCAGAAUGCCUUUGCUGGCACGACCAAGAGUGGCUGCACCACGAACACUGAGCUUGGCAGUAUUCUCAACCCGCUUGCUCUGGGUGUGGAUCUUGAGCCUAUUCUUGUGAAGCUCAUUGAUGGACUGUUCCACCUGGGUGACCAGGACUCCAAGUUCAAGGCCGACCCUGUUGCAGUGCUCAAAACCAACCUCUAA